AUGCUGGGAAGUAAUAUUGAAAAUGCCUAUUUACUCAUCAAGGAGAUGAUCUUACUGGGAGAUUAUAAUGUGAAUUUUUUAUCUUCCACUGGUUUUAAAAAACACCACCUUGUGAAAAUUUUACACAACUUCAAUCUGACCCAGGUUAUAAACAGCAUCACAAGGCCACUGUCAAAGACUUGCCUGGACCAUGCUUGUCAUCCUGGGAACACCUAAACAAUAUUAGCGUAAUCCCUUUUGGGAUGUCCGAUCACCUUCCUAUUGUUGCCACGAGGAAAUACAGUCGCACAAGAUCUAAAAUAACAGGUUCAAUACCAUAA